AAAGUGUUCUAUUUGCAACAAGGGGUAUUAUCCAAAAACAUUUGGUGAUUAUAAAUGUCAAAAAUGUGAUUCAACAUGUUUAACAUGUGAUAAUCAAAGUGGCAUUUGUUCUCAAUGUGCCCCCGGAUAUACUCCGUUCAAAGAAAAAUCAAUUCAAUGUCAGUUGUGUCAAGACUUUGAUGUGAAUUGUGGGAAGUGUAACACAACUGCAUCAGAGUGUCUGCUGUGUUCAACAAAUAAAUAUCCAGAUGAUGUAAAUAAAAAAUGUGUUGAAUGUGAUCACAGUUGUGGUGGUAAUUGUAAUGGAACCACUGGAAUGUGUUUGUCUUGUGAAACCAAUUAUGUUUUCACUCAACCCAUAUCAAGAAAAUGUGAAAGUUGCCAAACGUUUGAUAUAAAUUGUGAGUAUUGUGAGCCGGAUUUUACAAGAAAGUGUUUGGUGUGUUUAGAUGGAUUUUAUUUGGACGCAACAAAUCACACCUGUGAACCAUGUAAUUCAAUACCAAAUUGUUCAGAGUGUGACACCAAUGGAAUUUGUAUAACUUGUCAAUUGAAUAAUGUGUUUGUUGAUACAAAACCACCUUCGUGUAUUGCAUGUAAUCAGUAUUAUCCAAAAUGUAUAAGUUGUUCUCAAGAUGUUUCUAGUAAAUGUACAGAGUGUGAAUAUGGGUUCUAUCCGAAUUCGACUGGAUAUUGUGUUGAAUGUGAUUUAUUUUGUAACAAAAAAUGCAAUUCUUCAACUGGAUAUUGCGAUAGUUGUUUAACUAACAACGUCUUUACAGAACCGAAAUCGUUUAUUUGUGAAACUUGCAAUCAAUUUGAUGUAAAUUGUGCCAUUUGUUCAUCAACUUUUGAGAGGAAGUGUGAGAUGUGUAACACUGGCAUGUUCAAAAUACAAUACGGCAAUGAAGUAAUAUGUAAAAGUUGUGAUUUAACAUGCAACCACCAAUGUAACUCAGAUGACGGUCAUUGUCUGGAAUGUCUUGAAAAUUAUAUCUUUUCUGAAGCAAAUUUAUUACAAUGUGAAAGUUGUAAUGACUUUGAUAAUAAUUGUGAACGCUGUGCUUCAGACUAUUCCAGAAAGUGUGUAGAAUGUAAAAAUGGAUAUUAUCUUGUUGAUGGAAAGUGUGUACAAUGCGACUCGACAUGUGGAGGAAGUUGUGAUAUGAUGAAUGGGUAUUGUACUUCUUGUCGAUCAAAUAUGGUUUUUUCAACAACAAAUAAAAGUGUUUGUAUUCUGUGUGACGCUUUUGAUGCCAACUGUUUAAAGUGUUCUGAAAGUGGAGAAAGAAAGUGUAUAACUUGCACGAACAAGAAGUAUCCAGAUAAAAGUGGACUUUGUGUUAAUUGCCCCACGUCUUGUACAACAAGUUGUGAUGGGUCAACUGGUGUUUGCACUAUUUGUGUAAAUAAUUAUGUGCAAGAAACAAUGAAUGAAUCCAUGUGUGUGAAGUGCUCUGAUUUUGACAAAAACUGUUUGAUGUGUGCGAGUAACACUUCAAGAAAUUGUGUACAGUGUUUGACAAAUUAUUACCCAGUUCAACAACCAAAUGGUGAGAAAACGUGUGAAAGUUGCGAUUUGACAUGUGGAGGAAAAUGUAAUACGGAGACGGGGUAUUGUAUUGGAUGUGAAUAUAAUUACGUUUUGAUAUCACCAACAAAUUUGAAGUGCCAAACAUGCAAAGAAUUCGAUAUAAACUGUAAAUAUUGUGCUUCAGAUUUCACUCGAAAAUGUAUUGAGUGUGAGCCAAACUAUUACCCAGCCAGUAAUGGCACAUGUAUAUUAUGUUCAAUGUCUUGCAACGAAAAAUGCAACUCUAUAAGUGGGCUUUGUGAAAGGUGCAUUGAAAAUUACGUUGUUAAUAAUCCAAAAUCAAAUGAAUGUCAAUCGUGCACAAGUUUUGAUUCCAAGUGUGAUAAAUGUGCAUCUGAUUAUACAAGAAAGUGUAUUGUGUGUCAAAGUGGUUACUUUACAAACGAAGAUGCGGACUUCAAGUGCCAAAAAUGUGACCCAACAUGU